AUGAGUGCGGGAAGUGAUUUGUAUGAAGUGUUAGGAGUCCCUCAAGAUGCAACGCAAAGUGAAAUAAGGCGUGCAUAUAGGAAGCUUGCACUAAAGUUUCAUCCUGAUAAAGUUUCAGUAGAAAAAAGGCAAGAUGCGGAGAUAAAAUUUAAGGAUAUCACACAUGCAUAUGAAAUACUAGGAGAUGAGGAUAAAAGAAGAGAUUAUAACCUGUAUGGUGAAAGAGAACCCGGUUUAGGAUUUGAUGAGGACGAUACAGAGUUUAGUUACAAGCCAUCUCCAUUUGCGAAUGCUGCAUUUAAUGGUAGCGGGUCUUUUGAUUUUUCGCCGGAUGACUUUGCCAAUUUUUUUAAUGGUAUGGGUAUGGAUAUGAAUGAUGACUUUUUCACCAGUAUGGGCAAUGGAUCACGGGCGAGACAAGCCAAGCCCCCGCAAAAUGGAACUGGCAAGGCGCGAAAGCCACCAAAACCAUCACCAGAUGCUGAACGGAAUGAUGCUGGAAAUGGAAAAACGAUGGAUGCGCACUUUAAUGUUAGAUUGUCCCUUCUCGACCUUUUCAAUGGUAAGGUGGUCAAGUUGUCCGAAACACGUGACCGAAUAUGUGAAAAAUGUAAUGGAACUGGUUUAAAGAGAAAAGCAGUCGAAAUAGGAUGUUUGGAGUGUAAUGGCGUUGGUUACAUGAAAAAGUACAGACAUAUCAAUGGAAUGACUCUUGUUCAAACGAUCCCCUGUGAGAAAUGCAGUGGUGCCGGAGUAUAUUUCAGACCAAAGGAUUAUUGCAAGCAUUGUAGAGGCAGUGGUCUUAUUAAAGAAUCUAAAAUCUUGGAAUUUAAUGUUCCAAAAGGUUCCCCGAAUAAGGGGACGGUUGUUCUGCCUGGAGAGUCGGAUGAGGUCCCAGGAUUAAAAACGGGAGAUGUCAUACUAAAUUACGAGCUUGAGUUGAAACCACUAGAAAAAAGAUUCCAACGGCAGGAUAAUGAUUUAUACACGAAAGUAAGUGUUCCGUUAGUGGAUGCUCUGUGUGGAUUUAAUCGCUCAAAUUUUGUCAAAUCGUUGGAUGGUAGAUGGUUGUCCAUAAGCAUACCCCAUGGUAAAGUUCUAAGACCAGGAGAUUGUAUUGUGAUACCCAAUGAAGGAAUGCCUGUUAUGGACAACUAUAUUGGACGGUGCGGCGAUUUAUAUGUUGGCAUAGAUAUCGAGUUUCCAAAGGAUAAUUGGGCACUCGAACGCAAUGAUUUUGCCAAGUUGAGAUCGAUUCUUGAUAUAACAUACGGAUCAGAAAGACAUAAAGAUGUUACUGAGGAAGAUACUGAGGCCACAAAAAUUGCAUACAAAAUUAAAGAAAAAGACGAAUUGCCAUUAGAUUUUAAUAGUUUCAAUGCCAAUACAGAGGUCAAAAAUAUAGGCACUGAGAAGAGAUCCAAGGGAUGGUUCAGUAAAUGGUUCUAA